GUUUGCUCGCGUUGACAGUCGCAGAAGAAAAACAAGUGUGUUUGGCGAAUGUUUUGUUCGUGGUGCGCCAAAAAAGCUUGAAUUUUCGCAUUUUCCAAGAUUUUCCGGCGGAAUCCAGUGUUCGUAAGUGAGUCCCUGUCGAAAUGGCUCAAGGUUCCGGCAACGAUGACCAGCGUUUCAGCGAAUUCUACACCGAGGUCAAACAAAUCGAAAAGCGGGAUUCUGUCCUGACUUCGGCACAGCAAAUCGAACGUCUUCUGCGUCCUGGCUCGUCGUAUUUCAACUUGAACCCGUUUGAGGUCCUCCAGCUGGAGCCGGACACUCCGAUCGAGCAGAUCAAGAAAAAGUACCGCAGUUUGUCGAUUCUGGUACAUCCGGAUAAAAACCAGGACGACAAGGACCGGGCCCAGGCGGCUUUCGAGGUUAUUAAUAAGGCUUACAAGACUCUUGAGAAUGAGAUUGGCCGCAAAAAAUGUUUGGAAGUUUACGAGGAAGCGAAAGAUCGCACCGACGCGAUGAUUGCGGAAAAGCGGAAAAAGCUACGCAAAGAAGGCAAAUCUGAACUCAUUCCGGAGGACGAUCCGGGCAAGUACAAACAUGCCGUGUACGUGAUGGUGAUGAAGCUGUUUGCGGACAUGGAGCGGCGCCGCCAGCAGCUCGACCUCCGCGACCAGGAAGAGCGCAAACGGAAGCGAGAGGCGGAAAUCGAAGAGGAGGAGCAGAAAAACUACCAGAAAGAGUGGCAGAAGAACUUUGAGGAAUCGCGCCAAAACAGGGUCAACAGUUGGCAAACCUUCCAGCAAGCGGCCACAUCGGCGUCCUCCUCGUCCUCGUCGUCAAACUCGUUUGAAUCCGCCGCCAUACCGGCGGCCAAACCGAAAAAGGCCAAGAAGACCAAGUACACGUCGUUCAACCCACCCAAGCUAAAGCCGGAAACGCGCUAAACGCACUCAUUUUUUAUACACACACAAGAAGAAUUUUUAUUUUCCAACAAUAAGGCUUCAUUCCGGUGCGUUUUCAACUUUCUCACAACAGGGCAACACACACUUUUUCAUCAGGGACAGACAGAAAAGAAAUAGAUUAUCACCGACUAGUAGUUGAGAGGCCAACCGAAUCGCAGUAGAAAAUUUGGACAUUUUCUACAAGCGCGCACGCGACAACUCUUUCAAAACUUGAAACUGGGAAAUUUUGAAGAAAAAAAAAACUCACACACUCUGAAUGUUGCACAAAUCAACUACAAAUUACAACAGCACUUCAAACUGCUGCUGGUAUCAAGGAAGCUUAUAUUACUAAAAACUAAAAGGAUGGAGAAUUACUACACAGUUGAAAGUGAAGAAGGGCUUUCUAUACUAGGGUUAAGAGACAAUCCGAAUCCGCUAAAAAAGGAUUUCGGCAAUGAAUUACAACGCGUACACGAUGUAUCGAGGAACAGAUUGUAAUCAAUAAAUGGACUUGAAACGUAUAAA